AUGCGACUCUUGAUCAGAUCCUUGACGGGUAAAACGCUUGUACUUCAAGUGGAAUUACACACUCGCAUCGAAGAAAUCAAAUCUCACAUCCAUGAAAAAGAAAAGAUACCUCUCGAUCAGCAGAGACUUGUUUUCUCUGGAAAAUCAUUGCAAGAUGAUAAAACCUUAUUGGAUUAUCAAAUUCAAACAAGUUCAACUCUUCACUUGUUGAUGUGUUUGGAAGGAGGAGGUAAAAAGAAGAAACGAAAGAAGAAACGAAAGAAGAAACGCACGACCUUGAGACCACCUCCUAAAACUCAUCGACACAAAAACAUUCCACUUUUUCCUAUUGAACGAACAAUAUAUGAAAUUCGAGCCAAAGAUGGUUUUAUAAUUUGUCAUCGAAGAACUUGUCCUAAAUGUGGUCCAGGUGUAUUGAUGGCCUCACAUGAAAAUCGAGAAUAUUGUGGACGAUGUCAUUUGUCUCUCUUUCAUCAACAAAGCAAGUCCUCUCCAACAAGAGCUAUGGUCGAAAUGUUGUAA